CCACCAGAGGGCGGGGCGGAGACGGAGGCCUCGGGCACCGCGGCGCGCGGCCUCUUCCCUCCGGGUGUCCCCGGCCGCCUUCGCUCCCAGGCCCCGCAGUCUCAUUUGUCGCCUUCCAACGCGUGACCCCGGCGCGCGCGCGUCCCGGGCCGGUGACAGACGCGGGGUGCGCCGAGCGGCCCCAUGUGCCCCCUCCUCCUCUCGGCCACCGCAGUUGCCGCGCCUCGAACCUCGCUCCGUCUCCUCGGCAGAGGGCUCGCCGCCAUGUCUACCGCAGGGUCCCUCAAAUCCGUGGACUACGAGGUGUUCGGGAGAGUGCAGGGUGUGUGCUUCAGAAUGUACACGGAAGGCGAGGCUAAGAAAAUAGGAGUGGUUGGCUGGGUGAAGAACACUAGCCAAGGCACUGUGACAGGCCAAGUGCAAGGCCCAGAAGAGAAAGUCAAUUCCAUGAAGUCCUGGCUGAGCAAGGUUGGAAGUCCCAGUUCUCGCAUUGACCGCACGAACUUUUCUAACGAAAAAACCAUCUCUAAGCUGGACUAUUCUAAUUUCAGUAUUCGAUACUAAUAGGAAUAAAAAUCAUAGUGUUCAGCCUGCAGAGUAGACACCACACAUUCUUAGGUCUGUGUACUAGGGCAGUAGUAGCAGAGCAGGGUGAAAAAAGGGACUCUGUUCUGAAAGCUGCAACAUUAGAUGUAUUACUCAAAUGUCUGAGCCUGAAAUAGCUUCAUUCAACUGUGUUCUUAACAACCAAAAAAUAAGUGUCCUAAAAUAAAAAAUGUUAUCAAACAUAUUUAAUAUGAAUAGUUAAUUUAAACUUGUUUCAUGGAAACUAAUUCUAAUGAAAGUUAUACAUGUUAUUUGGCUAGGCUAUACAUAAUUAAGUAAAAUUAGCCAUUUAAAAAUUAUUUUAGGUACUGCAGUCUGAAUGGAACUCUAAAACCUUCCAGAUCAUUUGUUAUUGAGUAAUUUUAAUUACUCAAAAAGAACCAGUAGUUAGAUAUAAAUGUAUAUAAUGAUUAGUAUAAUCAUAAAAUAACAUCGAUAAAGAGUUAAAUUUUUGAAUUCUGACUGAGAACAUGAUUCAGUACUUGGGUUGAGCUCCCUAAUGCAUUCUGUGAGCUUACUGUUCUGUAUAGUGAACGGAGAAGGGAUGUCAACUGAAGGGAACCCACAAUUCAGCAGAACAAGCAGCAAGAUUUGUAUCAACAACCAUCCUUGAUGGGUAUCCUUUAACCAGAAAAGGAACCAAUGGAUAGUCUAAAUAAAUCAUAUUAUCCCCUAAA